GUUACCGUGCAUAGUGCUUUGGGGAGAGACAGACUCCAAGAGUGCAGUUCAUUUCACGUGUCUUUAAGUCAUUGUCUGAUAUUAUCCAGAGCUGAAUGUGUGAUUCAUGCUUACUACUAUAUUCUUGCUUUGCAGUUCUUACACAAUUUUUUUUCUUAUUUACUUCUAUUAGUAAAUAAAAAACUUAUAAAACUGUCAUUAUUAUAUAACAACUAUACGUAUUAUGAUGUUAUUAUUUAGUUAUGUUGUUGCUUGGUUACAUUUGAUGCCUCCGCACGUGGGAAGCUACCGGUUUGAAAGACGCGGCUUCACUUGCUUUUCUGCACCAAGAUGGCAAGAAUCAGACGAUUUGAGAAAGCUGUUUGCUGGAGCGACGACAGAUACUGGGCAACUUGGGACAAGUGGGGAGAGGUGAUUGACUGGGGAGAUGAGAAAGAGCUGUGCUCCCCAGCAGAAUCACCUUCUGACCAGGCUGACAGUUCCACUGAGUCACAUUCCCGAAGGCGAAUUGACAAGGCAGUUAGCUGGACGGAUGAUGCUUAUUGGGCAGCCUGGGACAAGUGGGAAGAGAUCAUCUGCUGGGGUGAUGAAGAGGAGUGCUCCCAAGUAACUCCACCCACUAGCCAGCUUGGGAGGGAUAAGGGGAUAGAUGUACAUGGGUUGGAGGCUUUUGUGAUAAAUAACAGGACAAUCUCCAUAAAGCCUGUAGACAACCACCAAGACAGUCUGAAGAUAGGAGCUGUGCUGGUAGACCUCUGCCAGUUUGAUCUCGAAUAUUUAGAUCAAAGUAAAUUUAAUUUUGAAAUUGUGCAAGUACAAAUUGGAGAAGUUGAAGUGGAGGAGACUAGAGAAAAGUCUUUUGAAAAAGCAUUUGAAUUGGAAAUUGUGGAUGUGGCAGUAGAAGUUAUAAACAGUGAAUUCCAGCCGAAUGCUAUAAAUUUGGAUAUUGUUGAAACUAAGGUGGACAAAUUAUUAUUGGAAGAACUGAUCAUUGGCGAUUUAGAAGCAGGCAAUGUGAAGGUGUCAGUGUCAAAUGGCAAUGUGGUGAAGGUACCCUUAAGGUACCCUUCGCCACAGAGGAACAGAAGGACCAGGCAACCUUAGACCAUACUCUCUGGUGGUUGACUCGUGGCAACUGGACUUGUCUCUGAAAGUUAGAAACGUUUCGCUGCUUAUCCAAGCAGCUUCUUCAGCCUGAGGGAGGUAGUAAGUGUCCACAUAUUUAUCCUCCUGGGUAAGUAGUCUAAGGGGGCUCGUUGAGUGAAACAAAGUGGGGGGGGGGGGAGUUGCGGGUAGAUGUAACCAGUCCCUCCUACUCCAAUAGAGUGGGUCGUUAAGGGUGGCCCACCUGGUGGAGGUGUGAAUUGGGUCUGUUUUUUUCCUGGGAAUUAUUUUUGUUUUGGCAAAUGAUGAGAGGGCCGCAGGUUAAAUUGGAGACAGGUUGUGCCUAAUGCCUCUACCUCUGUUGAGUGAGGGGUUGUGCAUUUGCACAUGCAAAGCUGCUUGGACGAGCGGUGAAACGUUUCUACCUUUCAGAGAGGUACAAUGUCUUUGGAUAUCUUUUGUCUUGUGCAGUCUGGGAGUUGACUGAAUGCUGGG